GAUAGUCCAUGACACCAUGUGCUUGUGCUUGCUGCAUUUUGCCCUUGGAUGAUUAAUUCUAUUCCUCCACUAGGUAUAACUUCAAUAAUAUUACAUUGAACAUUACUUGGCAAAUUUCUAUAUGUUUAAAAAAUUUACUACUUAUUCCUUCAACGCUGGGAUUGUUUCUCAAUUUGAAUAUCCAUGGACACAAUAGGACUUGUACGAAUUUCAAGGCUCAUAAAAUGACUUAUCUCAUUCACAGGCAGAAAUUCCAAUGAUCAUCAUAAUAGUAAUUUAAUGAAAAUUGUUUGUAUUGUACAUUGUUCGACGUAAGAUGAAGCAAGAAGUGGUACUUGUCCGCAAUGGAGAUGGACCCCCAGUGCAGAAAGUGGUGUAUGUCGACUUUGGUGACUACUGGGGCAUGAAGAGGGAAGAGCUUGCAAGUAGUCAUCGACAACAGGUACCAUAUGCCUUUGGAGAGAAGAAACCACAGACGAUAAAAGAUAAAUUAGAUGGAGAACCAAAGAGACAAAGAAGAAAAAGAUGCAGAGAUCAACAAGAAGCAAAGAAACGAGUAGAAGGAUCAGAAACAGCAGUAGAAGAAGCCUCUGCUUCUUGUGUCUCUGUACAUGGAGAGGAAGCAGAGAAACCAGCUGAGGAAGAACAAGAAGUAGAACAUAGGGCAGUAAGCAAUGUUGAACAAGAGGUUGAUGGGGCUUCAGUAAAGAGCAAACCGGAUAUGUGGAGUUCCAUGUGCAGCAUAUCUGGCCCUGAUGCAACACAAGUGAGUCGACUCGACAACAAGCCCAAAAUCUACAGCUGUGCUCAUUGUAGCUACGAAACUCGCUGGCUCUAUACGUUAAAAAUACACGUUUUAAAUCACACUGGAGAGAAACCUUUCAGAUGUGAAUUUUGUUCUUAUAAAUGUGCUCAGAAAGCUUAUUUGACAAAACAUAUCAGAGUAUAUCAUACAGGAGAUAAAAUCCCUCUCACCUGCAAAUUUUGUGACUUUAAAUGUCCUAAUCCAAGAACUUUGCAAUCACAUAUUUUGAGAACACAUAAAGGAGAAAAAUCAUUCAGUUGCAAAUUUUGUGACUUUAAAUGUACUACUUUAAAUUAUUUGAAUCUACAUAAUUUGAGAAAACAUAAAAGAAAAACCCUGUACAGCUGCGAAUAUUGUGACUAUGAAUGUAUUACUUUAUAUUUUUUGAAAUCACAUAUUUUAAGAACACAUACAGAAGAAAAACCGUUAAGCUGCAAAUUUUGUGACUAUAAAACUGCACGUUCAACGGAUUUAAAAAGACAUACCCGAACACAUACAGGAGAGAAACCUUACAGCUGCAAAUUUUGUGACUACAAAUGCUCUGAUGCAAGUUAUAUGAAAAAACAUAUAAGAAUACAUAAUGAAGUAGAAAACCUAUCGUAACCAGGUUCAUUAGACCUGGCCAUUAGUGUCAGAUACUAUAGUGAGCUCCACGUUAUAAUGGCAGUGAUGAAAGAUAGCAGAACAACAUUGCCAAGUCUCUCCAUUUUGCCACAGAAUGUAUACAGCUGUUACUCAAUUCAUCCUAUUAAAUCUGGCGUGAUAUUACUUUUAAUUUCCUUUAUAAAAUAAUCAAUUUCAUGUCAAAUUAAUAAAAUUCAUCACUACAAUAUCUUUCUUCAUAAUUUUAUUGAAAAAUUUGUCCUCAUAACUGAGAUCAGAUUUCUAUUUUCAUACAAUCCUGAAAUGGCGGCUAAUUUAAAAAGCUUUGAUACAUCAAUCUGAACAUCAAAACAACAGGAAUUAAUUUUUUGGUAGGUAUCCUAUUCCAAUUUCUUUAAUAAUAAUAGAAAACAUAUUUAUAAUGAGUAAUUUCAAUGGAAAUAAUUCUGAAAUAAUCUUUCAAUAUUAAUUAUACUAGUAAGAGUAGGUCCAACCUAUAAGUGUAUAGGCUAACAGACAGGCGCGGAUCCAGUACCCUAACCUGGGGGGGGGGGUGAUUGGGGUGGUCGUCCAGGAGAGUUUUAAAUCGGAAACAGCAGAGCUUUUUUUGCUAGAAUUAAUUACAUUUUUUAUUUCGUUUAUUAAAUGCCAAUGUCAUGAUAUUUAUUUCUGCCACUACAGUUGUACUCCAGUCUCUAUACUUCGUGCAAAUCUUCUUCAGACUUGGAGGAAUUUGCGGCGCAGAGAAAUGGAGGCAGAUCAGCCAAAUGCAGUGAUGGAUUGAGUCAUAGGUGGAAGCGUAGUUGUCAAUUUGUCAAAUAGAGACAGUCGAGUCUGUGAUUGCAGAGAGGAAAAUUCCUAAGUUUAACAUGAGCGCUUGAAUACUCGCUGGAAACAGAACGCUAGCCGAUAAACAAUGGCAACAUAGCCGCCAUUGUAUCCCUGCCGCUUUAUGCCUUCUCUGCUGCGCAUGUCCAUCCCAAGUCGGAAGUUAAUUUGGACAAAGUAUAUAUACAUUGAUGCUUGCAUUUUAUAUUGUAGUUCUGAUUUUUUAAUAUAUUGUCUCGAUACAUAAGAGAAGUCAAAAACUAAGUUUUUCAUGCAAAAUUCCCCUGUGAUGGAAACAGAGUGGUCCAAAAACUUUGUAUUUUCGGUUCAUUUUCCAGUUUACAGUUAUUUCCGCUAAAUCCUGUAAUCGAACAGAAAAAUUUGUUCUUGCCUUUCAUUUACAUUAUGAAAUUCCUAAUAAAAUUAGAUCAUUUGGAAUCAUUCCUAUCUUCAAUCUGUACUGAGUUACAAUAAUUAAAAUCAAUUUUGCUGAACUUUAGUUAGUUUUUGAUCAACAAUAUCUUCCGAUUGUUACCAUUUAAAUUCAUAAUUCAAAAUCCCUCUGGGCGUAAUUUUGUGCUCUACAAUUUGAGACCAGAUACUCUAUCUCAUAUCGAUUUCUAGGUACACCUGACAACAAUGAUACUUGUAUUUUGGAAAACACCUAAGUUUUGACUUCAAUUAUCAUCAACAACUCCACUGUCAUCACAUUGAGAUUUCGCUGCAAGUUCGCCUAUAAGUUAAUAAGAUCGUGUUCUAUGAGAAUCACCCGUAUGAUGCAAUUGGUGACACCCUUAAGGAUAAAAAUUUCAAACACUAUUGUUGUCAGGUAUACCUGGAAAUCUAUAUGAUUUAUAGCGCUCUACCUGGUCUCAAUUUGUAUAGAGAACAAAUUACGCCAAGAAGGAUUUUGAAUUAUAAAUUUAAAAUCAGAAUAUAUUAUUGAUCAAAAACCAAGAUUCAUCAAAAUAUUAGAGGCGAGAGCAAGUUUUUCCUUUCAAUUACAGGAUUUGGCGGAAAUAACUGAAAACUGGAAAAUGAACUGAAAAUAGUAUGUUUUUAGGCCACUCUGUAUCUAUCACAAGGCAAUUUGGCAUGAAAAGUUCGUUCUGGACUUCUCUUAUCGAAACAAUAGUUAUUAUUUAUUGAAAAAUCAUAACUACGAUAUAAAAUGCAAGCACACCCCCUUUUUCAUAUAUAUAUUGACUGGACUAUAGUAACUGUAGUUUUCUCAAACACCAGUUGGAAAGUGGGCCCCCCUGGAUCCGCGCCUGCUAACAGAAGCAUGGAUGAAGUCUAGGAUGGUUGGCUAUCAACUUUAAAAAUGUCAUUUGAAGUAUUUGUGUUUCUCUUAAUACAUAAAAAUUAUUUUAUUUAUUCAAAAAUAAAUUUUAAAUUAAUCAUACGACUUGUGUUUGUGUACUGAAGUAUUUUGGUUGAAUGAAGAAAAAAUGGCUGAGAAUUGUUUGUUUACUUCUGUACAGUCACUGUCAAAAGUAAAAAUAAAAUAUUCUGGCAAACAGACAUUGCAAAGCCAGAGAGAGAUAGCGCUAACUGUUUUGUUGCAUGAUAGACAGGGAUAGCAACACUAUUGUCAAUUUUACACUGCCAUUAUAACGUAAACCUCACUAUAUUCCAUCUAUUGGCCGUGUGAUGGCGUUUUAACCCUAACAUCGGCUACUAGUGGACGCUACUAUUUUCCCAGUGUGCAGGUAAAAAAAGCCUUUCAGUUGCAAAAAUGUUGUGACUGCUUCUCUUCAGUAUCUCUUCCAGCCUAAACUAUUUAUACUAUUAUAACUAUAGUAAGUAGCAUAAUAACAAGUUUGAUAGGGUUUGUGAAAAAUUUUAUGUCUGAAGUUAGUAUCGUCUUUACAAUGCAUAAAUGACUUGAUAAGGCGCAGAAAAAUAUUGGAUUUUCGAACUGUCUUGAUAUCUACCGAAUUUCAACUUAGAUUUUCAAAAUCAAUAUGUAUUGAAUAUCCUCAUUCCUCGCUAUUGCUUCCUAUAUGUACUUGCUGACGAAUUUUCGAAUGAUACCAAAUAAGUAAUUAAGUACCGUUUUGUAAAUUACAAGGCCUAUGUCAUUCCUUUAUGGAUCAUCAUAUGACCACAGCCACAAGAGUCCAAAAAUCUGCAAAAUUAGAAUGUAAUGUUUUAUUUCAUCAAUCUGUUAAUAGGCCAUGUUCAUAAUAUCACUCUUAUACUGUAAUAUAAUUAUAAUAAUUAUCACUCAUGAUUGAUAUAUUAUUAAAAUGAUGUAAUAUUAUAUAUAAUGUUCAUUCAUA